AUGGCUCGUGAUUCCGACGUGCAAGUAGCACCGAUUGAAUGUCGGACGAGCUCAUUAGCAGCAGUCUGCGAGUUCUGCUGGAUGGGAGAAUUAUUGUCGUAUGAACCUAACGGAGGCGACAAUUAUCUGCUGGCAUGGCUGAUUACUUGCACAAGAUCCCUCGUCGCGAAAUCUCGACUCCGUUUUUCAGGUCAGUCCGACAACACCAACCAACCAACCGGCUACGGAUCUGAGCGUCAAGCCACAGGGACUCCUCCGUUAAUGAGCUUCGCCCUUGUGGAAGCAGGUGAUACGUACAGCGAAGACAAAGUUGUUGAGACAGGUCGCAUGACUCACUUUACCAUGCUUAAAGGAACUGUUAACUCCAACGGCAUGGAUGAGGUGAACGUGGAUUGCAUUGAAGAUACCUUUCUCGGGCAGGUAGCCCAAACAUUUUCAACUCAUUGCACUAUGACUUGUUCCAAAUGCUAUGCUUGUCGAAGGCAGUUACGUCCUGUAAUCUAA